AUGAGUUCUAAGCGUUUUGAGUUGGAAAUUGAUGUUCUUCGUAACGCUUUGUACGUAAAUCUCAAGAUCAUAGACCUUGGCCAGAGCGGCAGAAGUAUCGUCUUCUCUGGCACUGUGCCUUUCAGCGCUAUGGCAGAGUUGGCCAGACUUGCAGUUUUCGGCCAUGCCAUUCCUCUUUGUAAACAAACACACCUUUACGUUUGUUUCCUGUACAUGUCACUAGGGAGCGAAGGUCAAAAAGAGUUCUCAGAACAAGGAAGCGAGGUUUUCCUUGUCACGCUUAGGUUGCCUCUGGCUUGGGUGGAUCUGCCUCUGACGGAACAGCGGCGCAAGCCGCAGCAAUGGAAAGCUUCAGGGACGAAUUCUUGGAGGACACACCUUCCCUCGGCCCUCAUUCUGACGCCUCGGGAAGGGACUCCGGGACCGGCAUGUCUUUGCAGCUUGCCUCCCGGCAACGUGUCCCGCUCUAGUGUCUCCGGUCACCGUGGGCAGAAGCGUGCAGGCUCAUCAUUGGGCACACUUGAGGCUCCUGCUUCUCAGAAGCGAGCGACUGACGGCAGCCAUUUUGAAUACGCGGUUUUGGCGCGCAUUUCGCCUGAUCGGCGCCAUGAGCCAUCUACUGCACUACAGGGCAUGGUUGCCAAUCAGUGCCAUGAGCCAUCUACUGCACUACAGGGCAUGUUUGCCAAUCAGUGCCAUGAGCCAUCUACUGCACUACAGGGCAUGGUUGCCAAUCUCCAGCCGGGAGACUACCCAGGAGGCCAGCCCCUAUCGGAUCAAGCCUCCGUGAUGGAUCCAGACCUGAUGUGCCAGGGCUGCAUCAUGGACGAGUACAGCGGGCUAACGGAUAAAGAACUGAUCGCUCGCUUGAAGAAGUACGCCAUCCCUCACGGGCCAGUUGUUGGAACAACCCGGAAGCUUUAUGAAAAGAAAAUCUACGAGUACGAGACGGAGCGGACAAAGUAUCCUGGAAGAUCAGAGGCCCACACAGAGCCAAGGAGUAGCCGCAGCUACACGCGGGAGACCUUUGUGAGUCCUCGGAGCAGGGAAGAUUUCAACUACGGCAGAGAAGCUCUUGGCUCCACAAAGACGUAUUUAGAGGAAAGCUACGACUCUGCAAGAAAUGAGGAAUAUGCUGACUAUGGAAAUGAAGAACCCAGCCAUACAAAGUCCUACCUGAGUCACGACUACAGUUUCCCUCGCCAUGAAGGACGUUAUACAUAUAAAACAAAAGACUGGGAAGUCAACUCAUCCGAAGGCCCCACCUCUUCCUACCGUUACGAAUCUUCGAUAGGCGGCAGGUCCAAUCUAGGGGGAGUGAGUGCCCGCCAGCCGAUUUCAGAGCCGUAUCUCUACAGUUCCAGCUUGGGGGAUGUCACUUCCGAGAGAGACAGCGGUUCCUACCAGACCGUCUUCCAUCGGAAAUCGUCCGGCCCGUCCUCGCUGGGGGUGGAACCUCGCCGGGCGAUUCGUCCUGAGCUCCAGGCCCCCAAAAAGGAUCUGGGCGGCGAUAAAGGAACCAAGCGUUACCUACCCCUCUGGCCGCAACUCUUGCUGUUCGUCUUGUUGGCUGGUUUCUUGGCCUUCACCUAUUACUUCUUGCAGGGCAACGCAGACGACAACCCCUUUGUGAAGUACCUUCGGCAGUAAUGCCUCAACCUCCG